AAUGGGUACACCUGGAUAUACGAGGCUUUAAAUCUCUGUUCGGCUAUGACGUCCUUGUCUAGAGUCGUUGCUCUUGUUACUGGGGCUGCCUCCGGUCUCGGUCGCGCCACCGCGGCUAGAAUAGCGCGUCAUGGCGGACGAGUCGUAAUUUGUGACGUUCAGAAAGACGAAGGCGAACAAGCGAGCAGCGAACUGGGAGAUGGAUGUAUAUAUAUUUCAACUGACGUUACAUCGGAAGACGAAGUGAGUCGAGCGUACAGGACGGCAGAGGAGACGUUUGGCCGAGUCAAUGUAGUUGUCAACUGCGCUGGUUUUGGCAUUGCGGUUAAGACGUACAACGCUAAGAAACAGGAAACGCACUCGCUGGAUCAAUACGAAAACGUUUUGAAGGUUUGUUGUCGGAACGAAAUCUAAGUUAGAGGGUAACUGCAACGCAAAAAUCAAAAAUUCUUUUAUGUUGGAAAUUGAUAGUUCUAGUUGCAUACAUGACAGGAAAAAUAGUUUUAGAUUUUUAAGUUUAGUCUUCGCUGAG